UCUCCACUCCCGCGCUCUUGCCUUGCCCUAACAUUCUCCGGCGGCCGUAGCCGGAGAGGCCAACUUCCACCACCUUGUUCCACUCCAGCCAACCACAGUUGAGCCCCCUCCGCGCCAACGCAGCUCGCAUUCACCAUCGACUCCCUCCCGCCCGUUCUCCCGACUCCCGCCCGACCCGACGGCCUCGGUCGAUCGGUCCUCUGCUCGCCUCACGCCAUGCCCACCUCCCGCACGACGGAAUGCCGAACCCAGAACCGCCGCUCCCCCCUUCCCUCUUCAACUCCCUCAUCGCCUCCCGCGCGCGCGCCGGCCGCGCGGCCGACGCCUUCUCGCUGCUCGCACGCAUGCUCGCCGCGGGCGUCGCCCCGACCGCGUUCACCUUCGCGCCGAUCCUCUCCUCGCCCUCCGCGUGCCCCCGCCGCGCCGCGCAGCUGCACCCGCACAUCCUCAAGCGCGGCCUGCUCCACAGCGACCCGUACUCCGGGACGGCGCUGCUGGGGUUCUUUGCGCGGUACGGUCGGUUCGGCGAGGCGCUCGACCUGUUCGGGGAAAUGCCUGCGCGGAGCGUCGUCACCUGGAACUGUCUCGUCUCUUCGUUCGCGCAGCAUGGGCGUGACGAGGACGCCGUGUUUUGGUUCAGGGAACUCGUGAGGAGCUGCGAUGGCUUGUCUGAAGGCUCUCUCGUUGCGGUCUUGCCUGCGCUUGUGUCCCCGGGCCUGGUUCAUGGGCUUACCAUCAAAACUGCAACGGAUUCCUUCUCGGCAGUUGCCAACUCGUUGCUGAAUUGUUACUGUGCUUGUGGCACAGUGUGCGCGGCAGAGAAGCUAUUUAAUGGUUUGAUGUUCAGAGAUGUGGUUUCGUGGAAUACAAUGAUCACUGCUUUUGCUAGGAGUAACUUCCCAAGGAGAGCUUUUGAGCUUUUCUCAGCAAUGUAUGGUCAGAGUGUUUCUCCAGAUGAAACUACAUUUUCCAGUGUUCUUUACGCAUGCACCAGUAUAAAUGCACAGGAGCAUGGGAAGUCUGUUCACGCCAAAUCUAUCAAGCAUAACCUCAAUACUACAGUAUUUGUGAGUACUUCACUGGUCGAUUUCUACAACAAAUGUGUUGGUAGGAGGGACGCUCUUAAAGUACUUGAAGAGGUUCCUCAUAAGAGCACUGCAAGUUGGAAUGCUCUGCUUUCUAUCAAGUCAGAUGGUGAUUUUCCAACUCUGUUUAUGAUUCUGAGAGAUAUGCUGCGAUCAGGGAUUAGCCCAAAUGAAUUUACCUUUUCUUCCUUGCUCAAGGAUCUAUCACUGUUGGAUGUGCAUCAGAUUCACGCAUUGGUCACAAAACUGGGUUAUGACGGUAAUGACUAUGUUUCAAGUGCUAUUAUAUCUUCCUAUGUCUCACAUGGCUUUGUUUCUGACGCCCUGGCUUAUGGAGUUACAUUGGAUCCUGACUCCUGUAAUGUAUCCAUGAAUGUUUUAGCUGGGGCAUAUAAUAGAGCUCACAUGUACCAAGAGACCAAGGAGCUACUCUUACAUCAGCAAACUAGUGAUAAUAUAUCAUGGAGCAUACUUAUUACUGCUUGUUCACGGAAUGGUGAUUAUACUGAAGCUUUUGGACUUUUCAGACAGAUGAGAAUUUUGGGGCAUCAUUUUGAUAACUAUGUAGCUGUGAGCUUGCUGAGUAUUUGUACAAAAGUUAACAGCCUUGUUCUUGGUAGGCUGGUGCAUGGGGUAAUCAUCAAGACCAGUUAUGGGUGCUCAGACACUCGUACUAAUAAUAUGUUGCUAGAUAUGUAUGCUAAAUGUGGUAGAAUUGAAGACUGUCUGAAAGCCUUUGAGGAAAUGGAAGAUAGGAACGUAAUCUCAUGGACAGCUGUGAUUUCAGGCCUUGCACUUAACGGUUUUUCUCGUAAGGCCCUGGCAUGGUUUAAAGCUAUGGAAGAGGCUGCUGUCAAACCUGACAAAGUAGCAAUUCUGGCAGUCCUUUCAGCUUGUAGACAUGGAGGACUUGUGCAGGAGGGAAUGGAGAUAUUCAAACGUAUGGAAGCUGAUUACUCAACUGAAGCUGGGAUGGAGCAUUACAUUUGUGUGGUGGACAUGCUAUGCAAGUGUGGUCAUCUAAAGCAAGCUGACUCUGUGAUUAGAGGCAUGCCUUUCCGCCCGAGUUCUAUUAUUUGGCGCACAUUCCUCCAAGGAUGCAAUACAUAUGGCAUGCUAGAUACGCAAGUGUUUAGCUAGUGAUGAUCUUGGUAAACAAUAGAGGUUGUCAUUUAAAUCAUAUGUUUGAACAACCUAGUAAUGGAGGAUAUGUGAUUACUGGACACCUUUAUCAGCCACUUGUCAGGACUCAGCAAGGUGAUCAGCCGUGUAUUUGAACAGUGAUGUUGGCGCGAAGCAACAGGAGCCCUCCAUCCAAGAUCCAACGCGCGAGAAGACUCCAUACCCCUUCGCUUUAAGGGAGUCGGCGGCUACCGUGGAUGCUCGAUCGGACGGCGAUCCGCGUGCCGGGCGUCCCUGUCGCUAAUCCGGCACGCCACCUUUCUUCUUCUACUACUUUUUGCUUUUCCUUUCGUUCCACCUUUGUAAGGCUAUAUAAGCCACGGAUCAGGCUCGUUUUGAGCUCAUCUUUUUGCUAGGGUUUACCCCAUUGCGCCGCCAGUGUUCCUGGCCGACUACUUUGUACUCGAACCUCUUAAUUCCUCCCCGAUUUGCCGAGUAAAGUGGCUAGUUCGAGUGAAA